GGUGAUAAUGACUUCCUAUCAAGAGUUAACGGCCGAAGGGGAGAGUAGCCCUCUGUUCACGGGCUGCUGCCGAGCAAAAGAGGUCAUAAACCGGGACCUGGACGGCAGGACUCAUCCUGAACUCUGCAGUCGUGACGAGGAAGGGAAACUGGAAGUGGAAGUCGCCUCAGGAUUUAAUACUCCGCAUCCCCGGUACUUAACUCUCUCUAAUAGUUUGACUCUGUGCACCUCUUUGGACAGCCCUCCUCCUCCUACUCCACCGUGUGAGACUCUCGAGGGCUUCUCGACACCGGCCUGCCCCCACUCGUCCCGUGUCCCCUGGCGGUGCAGGGCGCAGGGGCAGGGCUCUUCUCCAGGACGCGGAUACUGCGCGUCAAAUCCAAACCAAACACUUGAAUCCGGCUUUGGCUCACAAAUCUACUCUCGUAAUGGCCCCGAGAUUCACGUCGCCGUGGGGAGUUCAGCUGGCUCGGACUGUAACGUGGCUCAAAUGGAUGUAAGCAGUAAAACUUUUGAGUGGAUGAAAGUGAAGAGGAGUCAGCACCGGGCGGCCAGGAUGCACAUGACCUGUGGGUUCAGUAUCGUUGGCUCGGGCCUCGGUGCUGUGAAGACUGGGAGCAGCAGCAGCAGCAGCAGCAUCUGCACGGAUGGCCAUCCCACGGUGAACGGGGCCCCGAGGACCAGCUUCAGCACCAAGCAGCUGACCGAGCUUGAGAAGGAGUUCCACUUCAACAAGUACCUGACGCGGGCCAGGCGGGUGGAGGUCGCCAGCGCCCUGCAGCUCAGCGAGACGCAGGUGAAAGUUUGGUUUCAGAACAGGCGAAUGAAGCAGAAGAAAUUACAGAGAGACGGGCUGCUGUCCGAGCCGGGCCCCGCGGCAGCGCACUCACACGCGGACACUUUGGACACCUGCCCCUCUCCUGGACCGACCUCUCCAAAACACCUGCCCCUGAACUCCUGAACCGCGGGAGCUGCAUGAUGGCGAGGGCGCCUGCCUGCCUGCCUGCAGAUGUUUUGAUUCCCGUUUGCAUCGGUUUCAAUCAGGCUUCACCUUUAUUUGCUUACCACGAUGGAUGCUUAUCGCAAGAAGCGCAAUGGCAAGUUUCUUCAUGCAAGAACGGGUCAAAACAAUUUGUCAUCCUCCCCCGGCUGCAGACUGGCGCUCUGAUUUGAAUAUUAAAAUUCAAGUCAGUGCAUCGCGCUCCUAUCUACACAAUGGAAACGAAGAAACAAAAUUAUAUUAAUUGUCCAUAGAAACUGUGGCAGACAAUUUGUUUAUUUAUUUUGUACAAUUUAUCCAGUACUUGAAUAUAUUUAUUCACCAGAGCACGUGCCUCCUAAUGUGUUUAAAAUAAUUUGUAUUUAUUUAAAGCUCAUAUUUGAUAAUAUUUAUUGUAUUGACACAGAUAUGUUUAGCACGUUUUACUAAUUAUUCAACCUGCUUUUGAAACAGUCAUGCAGAUUUCUUUUUAUAUUCCUUGUCUGUGACACACUUGAGUAAAAAAGUCACCUGCUAUAAACAAAGCCAAUCUUUAACAUGUGAGCAGAUAAUUAUCAGGCUAAUUUAGCAGAGCUUUAAUGCUGCUUUAAUGUCGCUGCUUUAUUUUGUCCGAUUAUAAGCUUCCCAAUAAUCCCUCCUUCCACGGAAAGAUUAAAAUGCCAUAAUUGACUGAUGGAUUUAUUGACCGCUCGUAUUAAGAGUAUUGAUCCGUGGUGAUCCAUCUAUCCGAGGCACAAAUCUGGGAGCAUUUGCAUGCAUCUGUAACUGCAUGUUAAUGGAAUGUAGAAACAUCACGAUCGGGAGUUGUUGCGUCUUUUAUUACCUCUAUAUACAUGCAUCAGAAAAUGAUAAUUUAGCUUGAACACUCAUGCGGGAGAGCAGACAAUAAAACGCUGUCUGUGCUGUUUUGCAGAUCAACCAAUAAAUUGUGUGGCCCCAGCAGCUCGCGAGCUGCUAAAUAUUCCUUCCAGAUUCACAUCUCAUCUCAUAUAAAGUAAAUGAUUGUAAACUCGGCCCUUAAACACUGUUAUGUUCCCGCUAUCGCAAUGCGUUUCUGUCAUGUUAAUGUCUAUUCUAAUAUCGAGAUAUGAGGCCAUCAGACACUUUAAUUCUAUGUAUGGGAAUAUUUUUGUUUAGCUUUCAAUUAGCGGUGUUUGCACUGCAUGUGAAGGUUAGUGGAUCCAGAGCGGGUGUUAACGACAACAAAGGAAUUAAAGUGAAAGCAGCUGGGUGUCGUCGCGUAGAAAUAAAGAAAGCUAGAAUUCAAAAUAAUUAAUUAGGUGAAAAGGUUGUACGCCUUUAACAGGUGUCCUCUUUGGAAUUUGGAGGGAGCAUAAAUAAAAUAAUAAUGUAAUAGUUAGACAGUUGCACCUCUGCAGGGUGGAGUGGACAUGGAGGCUGCAAGGCCAAACUAAUGUAUGCAGUCACACCGGAGUUCACCUCUCACCUCUUGACCUUUGUCUUGCCUCGGGACAACGAUGACCGGGUCAGCGGCUCACUUUGAGAAAGAUGCACCAUUAAUUUGGGUGACCUCGAAGUCUGAGCUUUCUCUUUCUCUCUUUCUUUCUUUUUUCUUUCUUUCUUGCUUUCUCUUCUUUUCCCAACUACUCUGAGCGCUUUUGUUCUGGUGCUGCUGGGUCUCUGUGUCCACACAAUAAUAUUUCAUCCAGCUGAACAGAGGGGCGACUAGGCCAUAUGAUAAUUGUUCAUAUUAUAAUUCCAUACCAGGCCACAUAAUGCAUUCUUUCCACACCUUAGAGCUAACCUAAUUUUUGCCCUAUCUCUUAUUUUAAUAAGCCAAAAAAUAUGCCCCUGGCUCACUUGAUAAACUGGAUGAAAGAGUCUUUUCACCCAAUAGCUUUUUUUUUUUUAGAUAUAAACUACAGACCUAUUUUUAAUAGCAAAGUUGAAAAAUUAAAGUUACUUGAGCAUACUUGAACACUUAAUAUGAUUCCAUGUCAGAGGCAGCAUAAACAAAAUUUAGAGCAACUAUUCAUAACAUGCUCGCUGAUUAUAUAUUUCAUGCAUAUCUGCUUGAAUAAUUUUUGAAGAAUUUGGACAUUAAUCCCCUCCGAACAAUAUCUUUUAGAAUAUUUGCGUCGUUAAUAUAAACCGAAAGCCAGAGAGGAAUAAAACUUAAGGGUCUGCGGAGGAGCUGGUGACAGUGCAAACAUUUUAAAGUUCUAUUUGUAAUUGAUGCCGAUGAUUUUACAUGCAAGCUGGACUAAAAAUGUGUCGAGUCCAAUUUAUUUUGAAUUUGCAUUUAAACAAAAUACGCACCAUUAGGGUCGCCUUUCUCUAAACAAAAUAGCACAAAGUGGAAUGCUUAACAAAACCAUUAAUGUGUCCGUCUUUUUGUCAUGCAAAUAAGUGUGCACUUGUGAAGGUUAUGAGGAUGAUGAUGAGGGUGAUGAUGAUGAAACAAUGUGAUGAUAAAGGUUUUGACUAUAAAAAUUGUACGUCAUGUUUACUGUUGCUAUAGGUGUGGGUUUUGGGGGGCAGAGAACAUGCCUCCCUUUCAAUGUUUAUUUAUCUGUCCCCCUCAAUAUUUAGAGGACAUGUGCAUUUGUCCCCAAUAUAAACAUUAAAAUAGCAGAGGACUUUUAUUUUGACACAAUUAAAGACAUUUUCAUAAUAAAUUGAUGCUGAAAAGCUACAAAUCGUUGCAUAUAAAUUCACCAGAAUGCAGGAAAUUAAGUGUUUGAUGCUCAACAUUCUUAAACCUCACGUUUCAUUUGUGUCUCCCCAAAAAUGUUGAAACAAAACCCAUGCCCUUGACUGUUCCUUCUGAGAAGUCUGUAAGGUUGACCUUAUUAGAAACUCUUUCAUCAUAUUGUACAAAUAUGUUUCCUUGCCACAGGGCUUCAAGUUACAGAUUGUAAUGUGCACCGAGGAUGUUUGCUGCAGGUGUGCGUUCAGACUUUUCUUUUUUAAUCCAACUUCAUCACAGCUCUACUGUGUAAUAGAUUCACUUAGAAAUACACAACGAUUUAAAAUGUGCGGAGCGGGAAAAAAAACUUAAUGUGAGUUAUAGGGAUGAGGUGAAGGUGAAAAGGCGAGUUGAUUUAUUUUGGGUGAACUAUCACUUUAAUUUCAUUCCAUGGCAGCUCCAGCAUUUGCCUCUCAAUUGAUGAAAGGCAAACCGCAUUGUUUGUUCAGACCUGACAUUUAGUUCGAAACCAUUUGAGUGUGACUCUUCUCUGAUGAAUUUGUGCUCUUCUGUAAUUCCUUCCUGAAGAUGUACGGCUGGCUCACGAGACUGACAGCUGUGCUGCACUUAUACACAAGCAAACACAUGGUAAAUGGAGGAAAAAUAAAACCAGAAUAACUCACCUCAAAAUGUAUUACUGCCACUGGUGGUAACAGUGGUGACAUUGAACAAGUUGGAAUUUUCCCCCAGCUUUAUUUUUCUUUUCCCGUCCUGCGCGGUAAUAAUUUCUCGUAAUGAAAUUCAUUCCAAAAUUCAUUUAAAUCAAUGAGAUAUUUAUAAUGAAGCACAAUAGCUCAAGCAUUAUUUGUAAAAGUGAAGUUACCUGUUACAUUUCUCUGAUAAAACACUCCAAUUGAGAUAUCAAAGUAAAACAUGUAUUAGUUAAUCAUGAAUGAGGCUAUUGACCAUCUUUUGUAUUGUCGUCUAUUGCAAGUUAGCUGAUGUGGGCAGCUGUUACCAUCCUCCCGAGGAGCGCUGCGUGGCAUGAGCAAUGAGAGAACAUAUGCGGCGUACAGCAUAUCUUACACUACAUUUUAAAUUAACACAUAUAAGUGUGUUCCUUCUGAGCUCAUUGUAAUUAAUGCUAAGUUGACCUAAAAUUAACUUAAUGCAUAAUAUGCAUGUAAUAUCCUCACCGGUGCUCAGGGGAACUAAAUCAAUUGAUCAAGUUAAGCUCUUUCUAACUCUACGUGAAGCACUUAUAGAUAGCUCAGUUGUUGUAAUUACAGAUCAUUUGAAUGCUCUCCUCCCUUUUAGUUUUUCUGCUCGUCUGAUUUUACUGUUUUUCUUUAUUUGCAAAGACUUUCAUGCACUAUUAGUCUUUUUGAUUGGGCUCAUUCACAUAUUUGACUACCAAACAAUUUGUGCAUCAAGAAAGUUGAAAUGAAGUGCACCU